AUGGAACAAGAACAAGUAUAUGAUUCUACCAAAGAAUGGAGUGCUAAAGUUCAAAAACAAAGGAAAUUUGUAGGGGUAAGACAAAGGCCUUCAGGAAAAUGGGUUGCAGAGAUCAAGAACACAACACAGAAGAUCAGAAUGUGGCUCGGAACGUUUGAUACAGCUGAGGAAGCUGCACAGGCUUAUGAUGAGGCUGCUUGUCUUCUCCGAGGAUCAAAUACUCGAACGAAUUUCCAUAACCAUGCCCCUGUCAAUCCUGCUCUAUCUAUGAAAAUUAGAAAUCUCCUCAAUCAGAAGAAAAGCCUCAACAAUAUCAAGUCCAAAACUACUCCUACAAAUCACACUACUACUACAACUACUGCUACAACUAGUACUACUGUUUCUUCUUGUAAAAGUUCUCUUAGUGUUAGCAAUAGUUUUAGUUUUAACACUGAUACUAGUGGCUCAAGAAGUCAUCAAGAAACUCAGAUAUUUGAUGAUGCAUAUAAACCAGAUUUGAGCAACUUUAUGGCUGGAUUUGAUCAAAUGGGGUCUUCUAAUUUUAAUCAUUCUUCAACAUUUUCAACUGAUUUUGAUAGGAUUAUUUUGGACGAAAAAGUUGGUAAUUUUCAGGUGCCAAAAGGAGGGGUUGUUCAUGAGAUAGGAAAUGUUGAAGAUCAGAUACCUGAAUUUGAACAUAUGAAAGUUGAGAGGCAAAUAUCAGCAUCACUAUAUGCUAUGAAUGGAGUGAAUGAGUAUUGGGAGAAUAUUCAUGAUUGUAAUAUUGAUGCUGCUUUUUGGGAUCUUCCUAUGCUCUACCAAAUGUUUUGUCCAAGUUAG